GUACUCGGGUUGAAGUCACGAUGCUUUCCUUUCUUCGCAACGGAGUCGUCGUCCUCUCUUCGCAGUCGAUCGAACGCGGUGUCGCGGCGACGAACUGAUUGACCUGCCCGGCGCCGGCGACGACGACGACGACGAGAGACCAGUCCGCCGCCGCAGCCACAGCGAGGAUGGGGGACGAGCGCGUGAAGGCGGAGGCGCUGCAGAUCCUUGGCCGGUUCCAGGUCCUCCCCCGCCUCGUCGUCUUCGAUCUCGACCACACCAUCUGGCCCUUAUACUGCGACUGCUGCUCCAUCGGCGACUCGCCGAUGCUCUUCCGGCACGCCAGGGGCAUCAUGUGCGCCCUCAAGGAGAAGGGGAUUGCCAUGGCGGUCGCGUCCCGCUCGUCCACCCCGGAUAUUGCCAACGCGUUUCUUGACAAACUCGAGCUCCAGUCCAUGUUCGUCACCAAGGAAAUAUUCGACAGCUGGACUCACAAGACCGAGCAUUUCCAACGGAUCCAGAUGACGACUGGGAUCCCCUACGAGUCCAUGCUUUUCUUUGACGACGAGCACAGAAAUUUUAUAACGGUAUCAAAAAUGGGAGUGACGAGCAUUCUUGUUGAUUGGGAUGGAGGCGUUAAUCUUGAAAUGUUCAAGCUGGGUCUAAAUAACUUUGCUGCUAAGUUCGCUGCCUCGAGCACAGAUAAAGAUGAGUACCCUCGUUGAACGGCUAGAACUGAUCAUCAACAGACAAGGAAAAUAAACCAUUUGUGUACUCAUUGAACUUGUACUUUAUUCACUUUGCUAAUUGCCAACAUGGAAUAUGUGGGCAAAAAUUAACUUCAGAGAGCAAGAAAUCUUGUAAAAUUAACUUCGAUUGGACAAGAUCAAAUUUGUUUCAUGAAAAACAAUUAAAUGUGCAUGUUCCAUAUGAAAAUAUAAGCAUGAAUGUUGCU